UUGCCAUGUCAUAUGAGGCCCAUAAUCGACUCUUUUGUGAUUUACAAAGAUGAAGGUUGCUGUGGUGUGUUUGCUCUUUUGCUUGAUCAGAGCCUCUGCAGGAGAGAAUGAAGUUAGCUCUAGUAUUGAUGUGAAGCCAUCUGGUCAAAUUGCACAUCAGAGCAUCAAAAUGGAGAAUGGAGUGACCUGUGUGUUCACAUAUGCUGCAGCUGGAGGAACCAAUGAGGAAUGGAUGAUGAAUCUUAAAAAAUCAAAGAAAAAUACUUACGUCUGUGUUGUGGAAAGACCCGAGCAAGCCUCUUACCUUUUCUUUAUGAGUUUUGCAUUAUCCAUUUUGGAGCACGAUGUCAUUUCAGCAGAAGCUUUUGAUAAUAAUGGGCCUCUGUUACAAGAUGAGGAGUAUAUGAUCACUAAAGAUUUACGAUCAGCUACACACAAGGAUGGGGGUUUCCAAUCCAAUUUGUCAAAGGUGACAGUUACUGCCAGAAAACCAAAGUCUCAAAAGCACAAGGACUUAUAAUAGACGAGGAAUUUACAUGCAUUUAGAAUAAUAUAACAAAUUUCAACAAAAUGUUAUUGAAUAUACAUGUAUUAUAUCUGAUAUCUUCAAGGCAUCAUAAAUAAUUAUAAUUCCA